AUGCCUGAAAUCAUCGACGACAAAGCCCAGCACGUAGUGCCCUUUAUAUUGUCCUUGCUUUCCGAGCACCAGAAAGCACAGGCCACGUCCUCGAAUCCACCACCUUUCUUCAUCGGCCUCAACGGCGUCCAAGGCGCUGGGAAGACCGUCCUCGUCGACAUCCUCAAGGAGACACUAACCUCCCCACCACACAAUCUGCCGACAGUGGUCUUCUCGCUCGAUGACCUGUACCUGACGCAUGACGACCAGGUCGCUCUCGCUCGCGCCCACCCGGACAACCCACUCCUCCAGCACAGAGGGCAGCCAUCGACGCAUGACAUCCCGCUGGCAAAGGCCGUGUUCGACAGUCUGAAGCACAACAAACCCACCAAGAUCCCGCAGUACAACAAGGCCGCGUUUUCAGGCCAAGGCGACCGCGUCCCGGAGACGGAAUGGGCAGAAGUCAACACGGACGCGUCGCACCCGGUCCGCGUCGUCCUGUUUGAAGGGUGGUGCGUCGGGUUCCGCCCCCUCUCACCCGAGGUUUUACAGCAGAAGCACGCCGCGGCCGUGGAAGCGUUGAAGACGGCAACUCCCCAAUCGCCGUAUCGCGGGCGUCUCGGCCACAACACGCUCAGCUCGGUCACGACGAUCAACGAAGCGCUGCGCCAGUACGAUGAGAUCACGGCGCAGCUUGAUGCCUUCGUGCACAUCGACGCCCUCGACCCGCUGUACGUGUAUAAGUGGCGGUUGGAACAGGAGGCCGGACUUCGUGCCUCGCGGGGGAGCGGAAUGACGGACGAGCAAGUCCGCCAUUUUGUCGAUGGGUAUUAUCCCGCUUACGAGCUCUACACAGACACGUUGAGGAAUGGGGUGUUCACGGGUGUCAAGGACGAUUGGAGGGGGAGGCAAUUGCGGUUGGUGGUCGGUGAGGAUCGGAAGGUCAGGGACGUUAUCAAGAUAUGA